GAGAUGAAAGUGUGAUAGAGAAUCAUCUGGAAAGUAGAGCUACCCCAGCGGAAGAAUGUACGGGAGGUUUUGGAGACAAAGAGAGUCAAGCCAGAGAGGAUCAGAUGUUGCUGACACCAAAUCCAAGAACAACUUCUCCACCUUCUAGUCUGAUUGUCCUUGGUCCUUGUGAUCAAAGGAAUCUGCACAAGGUGCAACCUUUUGUGCCACGGUGGUUCAGUCAACCGCAGCAGUUCCAGAGGCAGAUCAGAGAGAACCUUGUCCCUCUUCAGGAUGUUCCAGUCAUUCACCCUAAGCUGAGGAAGAAGCUGCAAGCCAAUGGAAUAGUGUCUUUCUUUCCAGUUCAGGCUGAGGUGAUUCCAGCCAUCUUGGAUUGUGGGCCCAAUGGGGCUUUAGCAGGCAGGGGUGGCUAUCCCCCAAGCGACAUCUGUGUUUCAGCCCCCACUGGCAGUGGCAAGACAUUGGCCUUCAUCAUUCCAGUGGUGCAGGCCCUGUUAGAUCGUGUUGUCUGCCAUGUACGAGUUCUGGCAGUCUUGCCCACCAAAGAGCUGGCCCAGCAGGUGGCUAAAAUAUUCAACAUUUACACUGAUGGGACUGGGCUGAAAGUUGUCCAGCUUACCGGACAGAAAUCUUUCGUGAAAGAACAAGAGUCCCUUGUUGAGACAACGCUGAUGGGAUUUCGUAGUCUGGCAGACAUUGUUGUAGCCACCCCAGGACGCCUGGUGGACCAUCUCCAGAAAAAUCCCCAGUUCAGCUUGCGAGAGCUUCGUUUUGUGAUCAUUGACGAAGCAGAUCGCAUGAUUGACAACAUGCACCAGGAUUGGCUGCAGCAAGUAGUAGAGGCUGUGCACCGGACUGAAGGGGGCUCUGAUCCCGGUGGGCUGUUUAGAAGGGUGCAGCCAAAUCCCUGCACAGCAGCCAGGGCUUGCUACCCUCGGCUCCCUCUGCAGAGGCUCCUUUUCUCAGCCACUCUGACGCAGAACCCCGAGAAGCUGCAGCGGUUGGACCUCUACCAGCCUCGCCUCUUCAUGCCAGCUCAGUCUGGGAAAGGGAGUGAUGUGCUUGGCUCUCAACCAUGUGUCAGUGAAAAAUACAUUCUCCCCGAGGGACUCUCACAAUAUUAUGUCCCGUGCAGCCUGAAUUGGAAGCCGCUGUUCCUCCUGCAUUUCCUGGUGAGACUGAAAUUCUCCCAAGUGCUGUGCUUCACCAACAGCAAAGAAACCUCGCACAGACUCUUCCUGCUAAUUCAGGCCUUUGGUGGAGUGAAGGUAGCUGAGUUUUCUUCAAAGUUGAGCCCCAGCAAAAGGAAGGUGACCCUGAAGGAGUUUGAGCAAGGCAAGAUCCAGCUUUUAAUCAGCACAGAUGCCACGGCUCGAGGAAUUGAUUUUGGUGGUGUGAAAUGUGUCAUUAGCUACGAUGCCCCUCAAUUCAUCAGAACCUACAUUCACCGGGUGGGCAGAACAGCUCGUGCUGGGAAGGCAGGCCUGGCUUUUAGCCUGCUCCUCAAGCAGCAGGAGUAUAGGUUCCUAAAGAUGCUGAAGGAUGCAGGCCUUCCAGAGUUGCAGCCACAGAUGGUCAAGAGCACCUCCAUUCAGCCUCUCCUCCGGCAGUAUGAAGCAGCCAUGGCCGAAUUUGCACAGACUGUCAAGGAGGAGCAAGUUGAAAAGCGAUCUUAAGGCAGUCUGGAGAAAUGCUUCAUGUAUGCCCCAAGAUGUUGCGAACCAGCAGAACUGGAAUGCAACCCCACGCUCUUGAGGGCACAAUGCCCAGAAGCAGAUAUUUGUGAAGAGCAACCUGAGGACCAAAGAAUGAAUGAAGGGACACAGCCUGCUCUCACUGCGAAGCAGGAAGAAUAAUUUUCAACUCUUAAAAAACAUUAAUAAAAGCCCCUCUGGACAGAAAACGUCAGUCUUUGCGCAGUGCCACUUUCAUGAGCAACCCCAAACAACUGCACAGUCGUACAAAUUAGUAUUUAAAAUGUCUGAAUCGCGUCUCCAAAAUAUGGCAAACUAGUUGUGUGUAAGAUGUCCUUGUGAUGAAAUAACAGCUAUGCUAAUUUUUGAUAUCGUCUGUUUCUAGCUGUGUCUCAAUUAAAAAAUUACACUACUUGAA